CUCCCUGGCUCAGCGGGCGAUGAACAUAUGCAAGUACCCACGAAAUGACCACGGCGGCGGAGCAACCUUGCCAACAGAAGCCUCGCUCUCAGAGCACCGCGAUAAUUGGUCCAGUCCAAGGACUGUCUACCCCAGAUGUGGCUGGUACAGGAAGUACAAUCCGACAGAGACGCAAAGAUGAAGUACAUAGCUUGGAGCCACGGGCAUACGCCGACACUGUGGCAGCACACUCGAGCCUUUCCAUUGUUGACUCGCUGUAUCCUGGCAACGCAUUUGCAGGGCUUGCGAGUUAUUUACGAUCACCGUAUGAGAGAUAUGCUCGUGAUCUGACGCAAGGGGCCAUGAACAUGCCGAACUCUGAAAGGCAAUGCUUCGCCGCUGUAUACGACUUCUCGGCUAGUGCAACCAAGAAGGUCUCGCAUCUACGAGAUAUUGAAGAGCUCGCACAGCUUGACGAAGCGCCUGAGACCAGAAAUCGAUCGCAGUUGCUCUUCCUCAAUGGCCAUCCAUCGCCGCAAUGGCUCAAUGCCAUAGGGGGGAAGUUUUGUGUUGAUCCGGAAUUUUAUCACCGCCAUCUCGAUUUCCGGGCCGCGAUCGGUCGUCCGAAUUAUUUCACUUUGCCAUCGUUGCCGUCUUCCUCGGAUACCAUGACCAAACUCCGCAUAAAUACUAUAGGCUAUCGACAGCCUAGGCUUGGGCUUUCAGCUCAGAGAAACCCACAGAAGUAUCUGGAUGGACUGCGGUCGGAAGCAACGAAGAGCAUGGUAGACUAUGAAAAUAUUCUCAGUAUGGAGAACAAGUGGAAAACUGGGGACUCCAUUGUUCGAGACUUUGCGAUUCAUGAUGCGGAACAUUUCACAAUCGAGCAAGAUAUAUCCAUAUGUAUUGAUAGAACGGGACAUGGCUGGGUUGCGAUCGCGUGGCUGGAUAUUGGAGCGUCCUUAGAAAGAAGUCCUUAUGGCCCGUGGAUGCCAUCAAAGAAGCAGAAGGAAGACCAGAUAGAGUUCUUACCGACCAUGCAGUAUAAGCAGAAGAUUGCUCUGAAGAACUCAGCGAUUCCGUCCGCUUCCCAUUGCAGGGAAAGUCAGGAAAUGGGGGACUUUUUCCAAAGCGCUUCGCUCAUUCAUCUCGACUACGGCCGGAAGCUCGAUCGAGAGGCGGCUGGUGCAAACCCCCUCUACACACUCAGCGAUCUCUUCCGUUUUGCCGCAACCUCGGAGCUUCAAUUUCUCAACAUGAUGGCGACCAAGGUAGCAAAAGAAAUGGAUCCUGCAAGCCUCGUACAGCAGGAGAACCCUACAGUCGCAAACAUCCUUCACAGCCGUCAGAUUCUAGAGCGUCAUCUACAGCGCAUAGACGAGAACAUCCAGUUCAUUGAUGCGCAGAGAAAUGUGUCUCCCAGAAGUUCUAAAGUUGAUGCAACAAUCGAGUCUGUGAAGAAUGACUUUCGCGCUUUAGCAUCGCGGGCCCACGAGCUCUCCGAACAAUGCGACAGAGGAAUGACGAUAAUCAUGAACAACGCCACGAUCAAAGAGUCUCAGCGGGCAGUCUUGCAAGCGGAAGGAGUUGCAAAGCUUACGCGACUCGCCUUUAUCUUCAUCCCCUCGUCAUUCACAGCAUCCAUUUUUGGUAUGAAUGUCAAACAAUUUGGUGUGGGGGGGAAUGUUGAGCUUUGGGUAUAUUUCUUGACUACUAUUCCCGUCAUCGCAAUCGCAACUCUGUUCCUGACUGUCGAUGUUAUUGGUCUCUGGAGAUCCUUGUUCUCGCUGGUAAGUAAGAGGAAAAAAGUAAGAACGAAUUCCUUCCCAACCUGAUCCUACGUCGUUUUAUCCUGGUAAUUGGAUCAUUGGAAAAUGGUAGAUAGAAGCAAACCGCUAUGUCAGAUUUAGAAGCAAUGACGAAUGACUCA